CCCCGCCCUCCGGGGGGUGUCACGUAGCUCUGCGGCAGCCGCAGCCUCAUUUACAGAAGCCGGGGCUGGAGCCGCAGCUGUCGCGGAUCUGAACGCGAGCUGUUCCUGUGGCUGCGCAGCUACCUCGCUGCGCACAGAACUGUCACCAUGCCCCACUCGUACCCAGCCCUUUCUGCUGAGCAGAAAAAGGAGUUGGCCGACAUUGCCCUGCGGAUUGUGGCCCCAGGCAAAGGCAUUCUGGCCGCAGAUGAGUCUGUAGGCAGCAUGGCCAAGCGACUGAGCCAAAUCGGGGUAGAGAACACCGAGGAGAACCGCCGGUUGUACCGCCAGGUCCUGUUCAGUGCCGAUGACCGUGUAAAGAAGUGCAUCGGCGGUGUCAUCUUCUUCCAUGAGACACUCUACCAGAAAGAUGAUAAUGGUGUCCCCUUCGUCCGCACCAUCCAGGAUAAGGGGAUUGUCGUGGGCAUCAAGGUUGACAAGGGUGUAGUGCCUCUAGCCGGAACUGAUGGAGAAACCACCACUCAAGGGCUGGAUGGGCUCUCAGAGCGCUGUGCCCAGUACAAGAAGGAUGGCGCUGACUUCGCCAAGUGGCGCUGCGUGCUGAAAAUCAGUGAGCGCACACCCUCAGCACUUGCCAUUCUGGAGAAUGCCAAUGUGCUGGCCCGCUAUGCCAGUAUCUGCCAGCAGAAUGGGAUUGUGCCUAUUGUGGAACCUGAGAUUCUGCCUGAUGGAGACCAUGACCUCAAACGUUGCCAGUACGUUACAGAGAAGGUCCUGGCUGCUUUGUACAAGGCCCUGAGUGACCAUCACGUGUACCUGGAAGGCACCCUACUCAAGCCAAAUAUGGUGACCCCUGGCCAUGCCUGCCCCAUUAAGUAUAGCCCAGAGGAGAUCGCCAUGGCAACUGUCACUGCCCUGCGUCGCACUGUGCCCCCGGCUGUCCCAGGAGUGACUUUCCUGUCUGGGGGUCAGAGUGAAGAAGAGGCAUCUCUCAACCUCAAUGCUAUCAACCGAUGCCCCCUUCCCCGGCCGUGGGCCCUUACCUUCUCCUAUGGGCGUGCCCUGCAGGCCUCUGCACUCAAUGCCUGGCGAGGGCAACAGGACAAUGCUGGGGCCGCCACUGAGGAAUUCAUCAAGCGGGCCGAGGUGAAUGGGCUUGCAGCCCAGGGCAAGUAUGAAGGCAGCGGAGAAGAUGGUGGAGCAGCAGCGCAGUCCCUCUACAUUGCCAACCACGCCUACUGAGUACCCCUCCACACCACAGCCCUUGGCCCGACCACCUGCACCCAAUUUUGCCUGUAGUUAUGGCCAGGGCCAAGUAGCCAUGCAGAGCAGAGAUGCCUCCAUCCGACACUGAGUCAUCUUCCUUUGAUCUCCUCCCCUCCCCUCUCAGAUUGCUGCACCUGGGACCAUUGGAUUGGGAGGAUAGGGAGCCCUCAUGACUGAGAGCAGGAGAACUUGCUAGAAGUCAGAGCAGGAUGCCUGGGUCUCCCCCCAGCCUCUGCCACCCCCCAAAAUUUUCCCAUGAUGGGGUUGCUUCUCCUUGGGCUCUCCUUGCCCGUCCUCUCUCCUGGGGUCAGAGGGUAGGGCAACAGAGCUGACUCAUGCUUUGUGUGCAUACCACAUAGCAAAUAAAUGGUAGCAAAACA